UGAGUAUCAUGACAAAACCACCAGAAUUUAGAUCCUCUGUAUGUGCGAGAUUGUUAUAUACUCUUAUUACCAUUUUGCUAAAAAAGAAAUUUGUUUUCAGAUCUUGAUGAACAAAAUAAAGCAGACGUAAUUCAUCUCUAGAAGUCUACCUUAGUAUAUAAAAUAUCUUUUAUUUAGAAUAGUAAAAAUGGAAAAAGAGAAAAUAAAUCAUGAUGAAAAAACAGAUGCAGAAAGUUCACUGGACUUUUCUGACCACUUCAACCAACUUGAACUGUUGAAAACACAUGGACACCCCAUUCCCACCAAAGUCUGGUUAGGCAAUUCUGAUGAAGAUGAGGAACAAGAUGAAAAAAGUGAAGAGUGGUAUCUAUUGCAAGAAAAAAAAAUGGAGAAGGAUCCAAGCAAAUUGCUUCUUUGGGCUGCCCAAAAUAAUCCACUUACUACAGUGCGGAGACUACUUUCUGAAAAGGCCACUCAUGUGAAUACUAGGGAUGACAAUGAGUAUACCCCUCUUCAUCAGGAAGCCUACAGUGGACACUUAGACAUUAUCCAUGAGUUGGUGGCUCAAGCAGCAGAUAUUCAUGCAAUAACUGUGGAUGGCUGUAUGGCCCUGCACAGUGCUUGUAAGUGGAAUAACACCAGAGUGGCUUCCUUCUUACUUCAGCAUGAUGCAGAUAUCAAUGCCCAAACUAAAGGCCUCUUGACCUCCUUGCACCUUGCUGCUGGGAAUACAGAUAGCAGAGAUACUCUGGAAUUCCUUCUGAUGAACCACUAUAUCAAACCAGGUCUGAGGAACAACUUGGAAGAAACUGCAUUUGAUAUUGCCAGAAGGACAAGCAUUUAUCACUACCUCUUUGAAGUUGUGGAAAGUGGUACAAAUUCUUCUUCAGUCUUAAUGGUUUGGUUUGAGGAGUUCCUGCAACGCAAGUGGUCCUCUGAGAAGUACUUUGGUCUGGAAGACUGCCCCGCCCUGAUCCGGCAGAGCCCCGCAGGCCCCGCCCUGCUCCUGCACAGCGCUGCUGCCUCCGCCCUGCUCCCCACAGGCCCCGCCCUGGUCCGGCAGAGCCCCGCAGGCCCCGCCCUGCUCCUGCACAGCCAGAAGACCCCGCCCCUCUCUGCAGGCCACGCCCUGGUCCCUGCAGAGGCCCCGCCCGCCCUACGCCGAGAGGCGACCCAGCAGCAGGCAGCUGACCAACUGUGGCGGGCCAGCGCUGCAGGAUGCGUCGGUGAUGGUCCUGGGAGUCCGUAG